CAAGAAAAAAAAAUUAAAAAAAAAUUAAUCCCCCCCGCUGGCUGGAGGCGGGCUCGCAGCGGGGCCGGGCGGCGCUGCCCGCGGCAUGGAGCUGCCCGCAGCCGGCCCCUGCGCACCCGCGGGACUUGCGCCUCCAGCCAUGGGGCCGGGGAGCCCCCCGAGGAGCGCUGCCCUCAUCCUGCUGGUGCUGCUGGUGCUGGGCGCACGGCCAGAGGCGCAGGAGACGGGUGUCCGCAGGCAGCAGAGACACGGGCAUAGCCUGAAUCCCAACAGUUCUUGGUGGGAUAUGGAGUACAAAGGACUGCUGCACAGUAAGAAAACCCUUCCUGGGGCUGUGGGCUCACACAAACUCUCCAGCCUGCUCAGAAGCAGCUCUGCCCUCGGUCACAAGGACAGCAGAAGUUUGCUGAGCCAGAACUUGGGCCAGAAAUCACAAGAAAAGCAGUUGUCCUGUGACAUGCUCCUUAAACUCUCCAGGUAUAUUUUAAUGGAUACCUUUGGACCCAGCUUGGCCUGGAAUCUCUUCCGAUUUUAUCACUGUGAUCGGGAAGUCAACUUGCCCAAAAUUCAUGUCAGUCCUCUCAAGCUGGCACAGCACAAGCUGAAGCCUUUCCUGCUGCACAGGAUGCUUCAGCUGCUCAGGAACAUGGGAGUGCUCUCCGAAAGUCAGCAGUCCAAGGUCUUCGCUCUGCUCAAGAAGCAAAUGCUGAAAGCAAGGAAAACACCCGUAAAGCCCCAAGUGGAGCAAAGUGGUAGGUACAUAAGGAGGAGAUGGGUUGGAUUCUGUCACGCCGAUGGGGCUGAGGUGGGAGCCAGGCUCGGUGCGCAGGCCCUGGUGCUUUGCUGAGCGAUGACGAGGGCUGAGGUGCUCAGCCUGAGGCAGGAGGUGUGUGCUGAGGUGGCUGGCAGCAGCCACAGUCUGCACAAGAGGAGCCUUUGGGGCGGCGUGUGGAGGGCAGUCGCCGCCGAUGAGCCAUAGAUUGGUUGUGAGCUGUGUUGGUCUGUGGGAAUCGAUACCGGCGCUAAAAGCCGAGCUGUGGUAGUGCUGUACCCGGCUUGGUGUGGUUGCCAGGCUGAUCUCUGCCUCAGAGAUCACCUCUAAUGCAUUAGGAGUGUGCUGCCACGGCUCCCCAGGGCACGGCUGUGCCAACGCCUCCCGCUGCCCCGCUCGGAGCUGGGGGCUGCCUGCGGAAACCUGUCAGGGGGCUGCGUUGCUUGGAAAAACAUAAAAUCUAGGAAGAAUUACAAAAUAAAUAAAGUGA